GAGAUAGAGAAGGAAGAGGAGGUAGAGGAUGAAGAGGAUGAAGAGGAGGUCGAGGAGGAGGAGGAUGAAGAGGAGGAAGACGAUGAAGAGGAGGAUGAAGAGGAGGAAGAGGAGUUAGAGGAGGAAGAGGAGGAGGAAGAGGAGUUAGAGGAGGAAGAGGAUGAAGAGGAGGUAGAGGAGGAAGAGGAGGUCGAGGAGGAGGAGGAUGAAGAGGAGGAAGAAGAUGAAGAGGAGGUAGAGGAUGAAGAGGAGGUAGAGGAGGAAGAGGAAGUAGAGGAUAAAGAGGAGAUAGAGGAGGACAAGGAGGUAGAGGAGGAAGAGGAGUUAGAGGAGGAAGAGGAGGUAGAGGAUGAAUAGGAGGUAGAGGAGGAAGAAGAUGAAGAGGAGUUAGAGGAGGAAGAGGAUGAAGAGGAGGUAGAGGAUGAAGAGGAGGUAGAGGAGGAAGAGGAAGUAGAGGAUAAAGAGGAGAUAGAGGAGGACAAGGAGGUAGAGGAGGAAGAGGAGUUAGAGGAGGAAGAGGAGGUAGAGGAUGAAGAGAAGGUAGAGGAGGUAGAGGAUGAAGAGGAGGUAGAGGAGGAGGAGGAGGAAUAG